CUCCCUCCUCCUCCUUCGCCGCCGCCCUCCCUUCCUCGCGCUGCUGGGUCGCUCGGCUCAGCACAGCGCAGCGCAGCGCAGCUCGGCAGCUGCCAACCGAGGCGGGCACGGUGUCGGAGUCUCCAGAGUCGCUCCGAGCUCCCGCUCACCGCCCGGGCUCCGCCAGGUCUUGUCUCGGCGGGGACCCCUUCGGGCAGGAGCAGCGUGGCAAAGGCCGGGGGCCGCGGAACAAAGUUGAGGGCCCGCGAGAAUGAGGCAGUCCUCGGCGCCGCUGAGGCUGAGCCGGAGUCCGGCGUUGCUGGCCCUGGCGCUGCCCCUGGCCGCGGCGCUGGCCUUCCCCGACGAGACCCUGGAAAAAGUGCCUAAGUCGGAGGGUUACUGCAGCCGCAUCCUGCGCGCCCAAGGAACACGGCGCGAAGGCUACACCGAGUUCAGCCUCCGUGUGGAGGGCGACCCCGACUUCUACAAGCCGGGAACCAACUACCGCGUGACACUUUCAGCUGCUCCUCCCUCCUACUUCAGAGGAUUCACAUUGAUUGCCCUCAAGGAGAACAGACUGGGUGAUAAAGAAGAAGACCAUGCCGGGACUUUCCAGAUCAUAGACGAGGAAGAAACGCAGUUUAUGAGUAACUGCCCGGUUGCGGUCACCGAGAGCACCCCACGGAGGAGGACGCGGAUCCAGGUGUUUUGGGUGGCGCCGCCGGCGGGAACAGGCUGUGUGAUUCUAAAGGCCAGCAUCGUACAGAAACGCAUCAUUUACUUUCAAGAUGAGGGCUCUCUGACCAAGAAACUUUGUGAACAAGACUCCACCUUUGAUGGGGUGACUGACAAGCCGAUUGUAGACUGCUGUGCCUGUGGAACCGCCAAGUACAGGCUGACAUUUUAUGGGAAUUGGUCCGAAAAGAUGCACCCAAAGGAUUACCCUCGUCGAGCCAAUCACUGGUCUGCGAUCAUUGGCGGGUCACACACCAAGAAUUACGUGCUAUGGGAGUAUGGAGGAUACGCCAGCGAAGGUGUCAAACAGGUGGCGGAAUUGGGCUCACCGGUAAAAAUGGAGGAAGAAAUUCGACAACAGAGUGAUGAGGUCCUCACCGUCAUCAAAGCCAAAGCCCAGUGGCCAGCCUGGCAACCUCUCAAUGUGAGAGCAGCACCCUCAGCCGAAUUUUCAGUGGACAGGACGCGCCACUUAAUGUCCUUCCUGACCAUGAUGGGCCCCAGCCCCGACUGGAACGUGGGCCUGUCUGCGGAGGACCUGUGCACCAAGGAAUGCGGCUGGGUCCAGAAGGUGGUGCAAGACCUGAUUCCCUGGGACGCCGGCACCGACAGCGGGGUGACCUACGAGUCACCCAACAAGCCCACAAUUCCCCAGGAGAAAAUCCGACCCCUGACCAGUUUGGACCAUCCUCAGAGUCCUUUCUACGAUCCAGAAGGCGGGUCCAUCACUCAAGUAGCCAGAGUUGUCAUCGAGAGAAUUGCCCGGAAGGGGGAGCAAUGCAAUAUUGUACCUGACAACAUCGACGAUAUCGUAGCAGACCUGGCUCCAGAAGAAAAAGAUGAAGAUGACACCCCUGAAACCUGCAUCUACUCCAACUGGUCCCCAUGGUCAGCCUGCAGCUCCGCCACCUGCGACAAAGGCAAGAGGAUGCGGCAACGUAUGCUGAAGGCGCAGCUGGACCUCAGUGUCCCCUGCCCUGACACCCAGGACUUCCAGCCCUGCAUGGGCCCUGGGUGCAGCGACGAAGACGGUUCCACCUGCACCAUGUCCGAGUGGAUCACCUGGUCGCCCUGCAGCAUUUCCUGCGGCACCGGCAUGCGGUCCCGGGAGAGGUACGUGAAGCAGUUCCCGGAGGACGGCUCCGUGUGCACGCUGCCCACCGAGGAGACGGAGAAGUGCACGGUCAACCAGGAGUGCUCCCCCAGUAGUUGCCUGAUGACCGAAUGGGGCGAGUGGGACGAGUGCAGCGCCACCUGCGGGAUGGGCAUGAAGAAGCGACACCGCAUGGUCAAGAUGGGCCCUGCGGACGGCUCCCUGUGCAAGACGGAGACCUCCCAAGGGGAGAAGUGCAUGAUGCCCGAGUGCCACACCAUCCCGUGCUUGCUGUCCCCGUGGUCUGAGUGGAGUGACUGCAGCGUCACCUGCGGGAAGGGCAUGCGGACUCGCCAGCGGAUGCUCAAGUCUCUGGCUGAACUGGGAGACUGCAAUGAGGAGCUGGAGCAGGUGGAAAAGUGCAUGCUGCCCGAAUGCCCCAUUGACUGUGAGCUCACCGAGUGGUCCCACUGGUCAGAAUGUAACAAGUCAUGUGGGAAAGGACACAUGAUUCGAACCCGGAUGAUCCAAAUGGAGCCUCAGUUUGGAGGGGCCUCUUGCCCGGAGACUGUGCAGCGAAAAAAGUGCCGCAUCCGGAAAUGCCUUCGAAAUCCAUCCAUCCAGAAGCUGCGCUGGAGGGAGGCCCGAGAGAGCCGGAGGAGUGAGCAGCUCAGGGAAGAUUCUGAUGUGGAGCAGUUCCCAGGUUGUAGAAUGCGUCCAUGGACGGCCUGGUCAGAAUGCACCAAACUGUGUGGAGGUGGGAUUCAGGAGCGCUACAUGACGGUAAAGAAGAGGUUCAAAAGCUCCCAGUUUACCAGCUGCAAAGACAAGAAGGAGAUCAGAGCAUGCAAUGUUCAGCCUUGUUAACAAGGUUACGAACGAGUUCCACAGGGCUGCAACUCUAGAUUCCAGAGGCACCAAUGGCUGGAUUGUUCGUUUGCUUGUUUGUUUAAGGCAAUUUAAAUUGCGUACACUAGUUUUCAUUUCUGCAGUGUGGUUCGCCCAAUAGUCUUGGGGAUGCAAGGGACAUCCUUUCUGAAUACUUGGUGGGUACAGGCUGAGUGCUUGCUCACUUCCUGCACAGAAGUGAGUGGUAUCAGCCACCUUCUACUAAACUGAAAUUUGUCCCUCUGGAACAUCUACCUGGGCAGGCACAACAGAGGCCUCUACACCAAGUCGUAGUAGUGUUUGCAAAUGACUCUGUGCCUCAGUCCCAGAGUGCAGCAAGCAGGAAACAUUCCCAAUCAGAUGAAGAGAGCAGAUUGCCCUCAUUCUCAUCUCUGACCUGUCCACUCUUCCAGCAAACGACUAUUUGCCCAUCUCUUUUCAUGUGGUGGGACUUUAGGUCCCUUGUUAUGUCUCCUCAGUCAUCAGCGAUUCUUGGGAAGAACAAAGCUGGUAGACUUGAAGAGGAAGGAGCACUGUGGGGUGGCUUUUCUUCUUUCACUGAGAAAUUCUGAAUACAUUUAUCUUACCUCCCUAAUAUUGAUUCCUGAUACCUCAAAGGAAAAAAAAAAAGGUACUAAAUAUGAAAGUAUUUUUCUCUUGCCUAUUUUUUUGCUACAGUUCCCUAAGCAGCCAGCCUUAUGAACCUUUGGUACUAGAUCCUUACUGGAACCAAAGCCAAGGCAGGAAAUUGGCCUCUAGCAGCCCCAACAUUGAGUUUAUAAAAUUUGUCUACAUACAUCUAGACUAUAAGUUUUCAAACCAGUUUCUAAUAAGAAAGUUUUUAGUUUAUGCAUUUUGCUAAGUCUGCCCGCACCUACCAAGCCUUUCCUUCAACAAACAUACUAUCUCUAUGCUUUAUUUUUAGUCAUAAAAGUUUAUAUAUAGAGAGAAAAUGUGUUUCAGAGAUUAAGAAAAACAGCAAAUCUAGAGAGAAAGGAAUAUUAAGGAAUCAAGCUGAGCAAAGGAAUAUGGUGGGAAGUCAACCCUGUGUCCAGCUCUCCAUGCCAGGGCUCUGGUCCUUAGACAUAUACAUCAGGAAGGCCAUGGACUUUCCAUCCCCUUCCAAGCAUUCCUAAACACACCAAAAUCAGAGACUGACUACCAAGGAUUAGCGUAAAAGCACUUCCUGAGUUGAUGCCAACAGCGGUUUUUACUCAUUCGUUAAAAUUAUGUUUCGUCUCUGUAACAGCCUUCUUUUUGACUGCUUACUCCAAAUAUGUACUAUGGAUGAGAUGCAUACAAUACCUUGGAUAUGCUUCUUUAAGAAUUUGCAUUAAACAUUACCAGGAUAUUUCCGAACACAACAGACAUAUGCUAUAGCCCUGAAUAUGUAUUAUUUUCUUUAACACAAAGAGACUGUUCAAUAAAAAACUCAUUGGGUCUGUCUUUUGUGUUUUUAAGCUAAUUAAGUGUUGAGAAGCAGGGCUCUUUUACAAUUGUUAUCCACCUCAAUCAUUUUCUAUAAAAGAUGCAACUUUUGUUCCUUCAUUCUGGAGGACCAUUAUUACCACAUUCCUGAGCUUCCUGGAGCUUUGAGUUGUUUCCAAUAUUAUUUUGUAAUCUUUAAGUGAACUGCUUCCCCUUCCCCACCAAAGGAGAAAUAAAAGGUUUACCUUCUACUUGGACAAAAAACGUUCUGAUACUGCAUUUGCCGUAAGCUAUCUAGGUGCAUACUUACUCUCAACCCAUGAAAAUCAAAGCUCCCUUAAGAUAGUGAUUCCUUAAGUACCUCUAAGGACAAGCCAUCCUAGUGUCCCAUGUUCCUAUUUAGUCCCCUGUUGGGUACAUUUUUAAUCCAAAUUUUGGGGACUUAAAACCAAGUAUAUAAUGACUGAGAAUGGGUAACACUUAACAAGAAGUGAUUCGCAUAAAUGUUUUUUGUUUGAUGACGAAUUUCUAAGAAGCAUCAUAUCUCUUUCUUACCAAAGUCAUGUGUUAGGUGGCUUGUAGUUUUUCUGGCUAAUGAAUCAUUUUGGAAAUAAAGACUUUUUACUGCAAAAUGAAAUCUG